AUGAGUGAAGUUUUUCCAAUAUCAUGUAUUUCGUGCCGUCGGAAGAAAAUCAAAUGUAAUAAAGUUAGACCAUGUAAUCAAUGUGAGAAGAGGCAGAUUUGUUGUAUUUUUCCAUCCACAUUUCGUAAUAUAAAGAUUAAUGAAGAUGAGUUGGAUAAUCCGAGUUGGAGUGGACAUAGUGGACAUUCGAGUUCAAAUGGCAGUGGCGAAAAUAGUAGCGUGGGCAACUCGGAAUCCGAUUACAUGGGCAACCAGCUGGUAAACUCACAUUCGAGGAAAUUACUUACAUUAGCUGAGGAAGUUAACCAUUUAAAAACUGAAAAGAAUUCGAUUUCAGAAGAGCAUAAUAAAUUGAAGCAAAAAUACCAGCUGUUACUCACCCAGUUAAAUAAGUUCCAUCGUUCUAGUAAUAGUAAUGAUAAGCUGCAGGAAUCAUUUAAGCUUAAGGAUCCUAUUCCUAUAAGCGGAGAAACCUCCGAAUUGGGAGAUAAAUAUUAUGGACCACUGUCUUCGAAUUAUAUGAUUAAGAAUCUUGAUAAAGGAGGGAGUAACAAAAAUGAUGAAAAAACUUCUAUUAAAGAUGAAGGGAUGGGACUAAAGUCCAGAAAACCGAGUUCGAAUGACCUGUUACAAAUACAUGAAUCAUUUUCUAGCCAAGCCAAUCAAGAUUUAAUCAAAAAAUCAUUAUUGAAGAAACCAUUGCCAUAUUUAUUGGGCCUCGACUUUAUUAUUGGACCUAGAAACCUUUCCAAAACUAACGUUGAUGAAUUAAACUUCAAUAUAAUAUGUAAGUUGGUGGAUUAUUUCUUCAGCUAUCAUCCGGUUUAUAAGACGUUUAUCUCUAAGCAACAAAUAGUUGACUUUCUAAACAAUUAUGAUGAUAUGAAUGACAAUGAAUGGGAGAAUGAUGAUGAUCUUUUAUUACUUCUAAUGAUUUUAUUGCUACUGAUCCAAAGACUUACCGCUAAGGAGUUCAUUGAUAUUAAUUUAUUGGAUAAUGUUGAAUCUCAAACUACUAAAUUUAAAAAAGUUAAAGAUCACUUGACUGAUAUUUUAUACCAUAAGUUUGAAAAGAUAAGACACAAUUUAAUCAAUGAAGCUGUCGCUACAAUUCAAUCAUAUAUAUUAUGUACAGAAUGGCACUUCAUUGAACAAAGGUAUGAAGAGUGUUGGUCAAUGAUGUUUCAUACGUGCUCGAUAUCGUACUCUAUUGGGUUACAUGUGAUGGGUAAGUUUAGUUUAUUAGAUGAACAGCCUCUGAAAGAGAAAGAUGAGGACGUAACGCGUUACAAAGUUUGGUUUGCAUUGAAGAAUAUUAGUGGCCAAGUAUGCUCUGUUUUAGGUAGACCAAACCCUAUUUCCAUACACGUCAACUCGCAGAUAUUAAAAGUCUCUGAUCCUAGUCAUUCUAAACAGGAUUUAAAAAAGUUUCGAAUGGCAAUUGCCCUCAAAAUUGGACUAAGUGAAUGUCUUAAGCUUUCAAAUAUGAUGUUGAUCGAAAACUUUAUGACAGAUUUUACUAUUAGGGAUUUAUUAGAAUUGGACACUAAAUUUAAAAGGGAAAUUGACCUUAUAAAAUGGUUUAUUAAUGAUGAGCUAUAUGACAAUGAUAAUUUAGUUGAUGAUCGAAAUAUAGAUUUGAUGGAUGAGGAUUCCAAUUAUAUGAAAAAUGAAGUUACGCUUAUAGUGGACAAGACAAACUUGUUAGUUGAUUUGAUUGCUUUCUACAUAAACAGAGCUAAGUUAUUUCAGCCGUUCAUUGUUGAGUUUGAAAAUCCGGGGGACACUGUUACGGUUGUUAGAUUGUUGCACGACUCCAUUAACAAGUAUAUGGAUUGCUCAAUUUAUUUCAUAAAUACAUUCUUGAAGCAAUUUGGUGAAAAAUAUAAAGAAAAUGAAUUUGAGUACUUGAAAAAACCCAAUUUUGGAAAAUUAUUAAGAGUCCAUUUUCCAUUCUUAAAUUCAUUUAUUUAUCAAGGUAUGCUAGUUAUAUUCACAUUUUUACAUCACAAAUUCAAGGAUUUUGUUGAAUACGAUGAAUCUGUAAAUAAUGAAGAUAUUAAUUAUUCUGAGUUCUUGAACAAGUUAGAUAAAAGUUUAAAUACUUUGCUGAAACUUGAGUCUAAUUUUGCGAAAAUGACAAGUUACAACAACAAACUUUGGUCUUCAAAUAUAACUCAUUUGGUUCGUAUGAACAUUGAGCAUAUUGGAAAAAUCCGCCAUAAGCAAAAUUCGAGUAUUGAAAUCGAUCAUCAGAAAUUUGAGAGUGAUCUAAAUGAAUUGCAAAAUCAAAUCAACUUGGGCAACAUUCCGGAACCCGAAUUUCAAGGAUUUAACCUACGAGAUCCGUUCUGGAUAACAAAUCCUGAUAAUUUGCCUUAUCACCUCAGUUCCCCAAGUGAUGAUGAGGACCCUUCUAAGUCUAGGUUUAAAGAAGAAAAUUCUAAAAAUACUGGUUCUGAUCCUAAUAAAUCGGUUUUUUCAAACAACCCUGAACUGCCAAAACAUCCUCAACCACUACAUUCUUCACAGGUAACUCCUAAUAUGCUCGUUGGUGAUUUCAACUCGCAAGCAGACGCAGCGUUUGACGAUAUUUGGAGUAGCAAUUCUUCGUAUCCAUCUAAAUCAAAUUCAUCCCUGUCUCAACAUCCCCAACCGGAUUUAUCUUCAGUGCAGCAGGAACGCCCAGCUAUUUCUGAUUCUUAUGGUUUCCUUAAUAUGCCACAGCAGUCCUUAAUCUUCACGCAUCUGUCAAACUUACCCCAUAAUCCUAGUCAAAUGCUCGGAACAUUGAACGAUACCAAUUAUCCAACACAACUGCAAAGGUUUUCUAAGGAUGAUUCCCAACAGAAGAACUUAAGUAAUGAUGACAGUGAAGUAUUUAAUCCGGACGCAUUCUGA